AUGGAGAUAGCCCAUAGUUAUCUUGAACAAGAGACUACAGGGAGAAAUAAAAGUACAGAGCCAGAUGAACAGCCAACUGUGAAUUCAAAGGAAGGCAUGCAGCAGAAAUCCAAUGAAUUAGUUAAUGAAGCCACCCAUGAGGACACAGAACUGCCAGGGCAGAGAUCAAGGAAUUUUCCUUAUCCAGGUGAUGAGACAGCUGACUGUACUACUAAAAAAUCCAACAUUAUGGAACAUAGAGAGAAUCAUUUGCAUUGUGAGUGUAUGAUCCCUUGUCAAGUUACUUCAGAUUUAGAUAAAGAGAAGAAAAUAGCAUUUCUUCUAAAAGAAUUGGAUAUUCUCAGAGCAAGCAAUAAAAAGCUUCAAGAAAAAUUGUAUAAAGAAGAUAAGGAACAGAGAAAACUAAAGCUUAAGCUGGAACUCCAGGAGAAAGCAACAGAAGCUCACAUUGCUGAAAAGACAGCAGCUCUGGUUGAAGAAGUGUAUUUUGCACAGAAGGAACGUGAUGAAGCUAUUAUGUCUCGACUGCGGUUAGCCAAUGAGGAGAGAGAUGAAGCAAUUGCACGAGCCGAGCAUAUGGAAAUGUCUCUAAAAGUGCUAGAAAAUAUUAACCCUGAAGAAAAUGACAUGACAUUACAGGAAUUACUGAACAGAAUAAACAAUGCAGACACAGGAAUAGCUAUUCAGAAGAAUGGAGCUGUAAUUGUGGAUAGAAUCUACAAGACCAAGGAAUGUAAAAAGAGAAUAACUGCAGAAGAAAUGAAUGCAGUGAUAGAAGAGCGGGAUGCUGCUUUGUCUCAGUGCAAACGGCUAGAGCAGGAGCUUCAUCAUCUGAAAGAGCAGAACCAGACUUCAGCAAACAACAUGAGACAUCUGACUGCUGAAAACAAUCAAGAACGUGCUCUGAAGGCAAAGUUGUUGGCUAUGCAACAAGCCAGAGAGACUGCAGUUCAACAGUACAAAAAACUAGAAGAAGAAAUCCAAACACUUCGAGUUUACUACAGUUUACACAAAUCUUUAUCCCAAGAAGAAAAUCUGAAGGAUCAGUUUAACCAUACCCUUAGUACUUAUGAAGAAGCUUUAAAAAAUAGAGAAAACAUUGUUUCCAUCACUCAACAACAGAAUGAGGAACUGUCUACCCAACUGCAGCAAGCUCUGACAGAUCGAGCAAACAUGGAAUUAGAGCUUCAGCAUGCCAUGGAGGCCUCCCAAGCGGCCAAUGACAAAGUGCAGAAGUUGGAAAGGCUGGUGGACGUCCUGAGGAAGAAGGUUGGAACAGGGACCAUGAGGACAGUGAUCUGACUGAAAAAACGGCAGUCUGGGGAAGCAAUCACAUCUGGUGACCAGGCUGCUUCAUUCAACACUGUGUAAACACUAAAGCCUUAACUUAGCAAACAGUUGUUAGAAGUGGGACACUCCAACCACAUUCCAAGCUGAGAUAAAAUCAAAUCACAAAUGUUUAACCACUUUGCUGCUGACUUAUUUAUCCAAAUGUAUUAACUACAGACUUUUACCAAUGAGUAGCUAUGAAGUUGCAGCCUAUUUUGUAACUAUUUUAUAUCUCACUGUAUUGAAUAUAAAUCUUUUUACCGAGAGACCAUUAUAGGUCAUAUCUUCACAAAUGGCCCUUUCUGAGUCAAAAUGCAGCAAAGUAAAUAUUGUCUAAACCUAAUCCACUGUGUUAGGUC